AUGGCAUGGGAAUCCAUCAAAGGAUUGUGGAACAUCGAAACACAAUGCAGUAAGAAAAGCGGUAGAAGCGGUCAGAUUCAGGGAUGCUUUGAGGAGGGCGCAAAAGGAACGAUGAUCUUUACAAACGUUUCUGUCCAAAAGUUGGAUAAGAAAGCGAAAGAAGAUUCGUCAGAUACCUCAUCUGUUUCCUUUACAGACGCUGACGGUAGAAGUCAGUUUGCAGAUGGUUUAGGUUCCACCAUUGCCAAGACAUUAAAAAGCAACACAUUUGUCAUGGACUGGGUUGCUUACAGCGGCGACAGUUUCAGUAGUGGCGACGACUUAGAUGUCAUUAUCGUCUUGGCAGACAUUAAAGUACUUGGUCUCGUCACCACCUCUACCCCAUCAAUCAACUUCAAACACACAAUCUUC